GAACUUUGUUAUAAAAUGCUGUAUGUAUAUUUCUAAUCUUGUUCAAGGUAUUGUACCUAUACAGUUCAUUUAACAAUGUAAUGCAAUUUUCUAAUCCUUGAAUGUUAUUAUUACCAACUGUUAGGAUAUAAAGAAAUGAAAGUUAGUAGUUAGACAUUACAAUCGAACUUGUAGUCAUACUACAUACGUCCUCAAGGUCAAGCCGAGAUAUAUUUUAGCUAGACAGGUCAUCUUCAAACCCUUCAGAGAUCUACAGAAUAUGGCAUUUAAAAUGUUUUAAUAACAGUUUUUUUUCUUUUUUUAUGACUAUGAGACAUGUCUGCUCCUGGCAGCCCCAAUCUACUUCAGAGAAGAUAUGGGCAAUGAAGAAACUGCAUAUGGAGUUAACUUUCAUUGUGGCAAAAGUUAGCCACUGGGCAACAAAGUGCCCUCAUAUCAACUGCUGACAGUAUGCUAUCCAAAAUGGACAAACAGGACACAAAACAAAGGACUAUCAAUCCCUGCCAAGACAACUGUGGUUGCAGCUUUGGCAACAGGCAUCCUCUGAGGCCAGGACAAUAUGGCACCAUCACUGAAGUGUCUUUGCAAUCUGGAAAAGGUACAGUGCCCCUUUCUUCAAAGGCAGCUAAACAGGCAGUGGACCGAUGGCUUCUGGUGUGCAGUGGAACAGCAGCUGAAACAGUUAUUCUUGAAGGAAUAACUAAUGGAGUCUAACCUCUCAAUGGUAGACUGGAAUUUAAUAAAGGAGAUGAAGCCACCCACAAGCCAAGAAGAAUGGGAAGCUGAAUUCCAAAAAUACCAGCAGUUACCAGAAUUUAAAAUCCUGAAUCAUGACAGAACACUGGCAGAAUUCAAGUUUAUCUGGUACAUGGAAUACUUGCACCAAAUGUGAAGUCGAGCUAUAGGCCUUGGAUACAUGCUGCUUCACAAAUGUGUCUGUCAGAUGUGCUAAGCCUGUAGGCCGAAGAUGAUGCCCCAUUGUGCAGAGAAACCUCAGGUGACUGUCCAGGAAGCUAGCUGUUUCUGUCACAACUCACAUUUUUUUUUGGAAGUCACUUGUUUGCAAUUCCUGUUUUACUAGGUAAUAUUAUUUCCUUCUUGGGUCUCUGAGGGAGUUGAAGAUUAGAUAGUUGUAGUUAUAGUUUUCCUUGUUAAGAAAUUCAGAAAAGAAACUCACUAAGAUAUGUUAAGUGUGUAAGUUUGAAAGACAUCAUAAGAUAGUUUUCUGUUGGUAAUACAGAUAGGAUAAAAAGUGAAUUAGGUACAAUUUGGACUCACCAAAAUAGUAUAGAUAAUGGAAUAUUUUCUCUGAAUUUGUCAAAUGGAAAUGGACUGGACAUUGUUGAUGUAUUUAUUGUUUGUAUAUAUUGUAUAUAGUUAUUAUAUUUUUUGCAUAUAGUUUUUCUUAUAUUACUUUUAACUUUUAUUUUUUAUUAGAUAAAAAAGGGGAAAUGUGGUGAUAUUGUAUUUGUGCUGAAAUGUGGUGAUUUUUUUUUUUUGUGCUUUAAUAAAUAAAGCAUGCCUGGAGGUCAGAGGAAAUAGCAAGCCAUUUUAAGUAAACAAAGAAGUCGGGCAGUGGUAGCACAUGCACUUAAUUCUAUCCCUUAGCAGGCCACCCAGGUAGUGGGACUGGUACUCAGAUUGCUGCCCUACCUCCUUGAUGCCAUGGAUGAUUUGGAUAUUCUUUUGCUGUUGUGUUUAUUGUGAUUGUUCUUGUCUUCCUAUUGUUACUUAGUUUAGAAAAGAAACUUGAGGUUUUCUUGUUAUGUUAAUCAACUCUUGGUAUUAUAAAUCAGCAAGCAGUUCUUAAAGAUUUCACAUUUCCUACUCUACAUGGUAAUCAACUGUAUACAUAUAUUUUUACCUGCCGUUUCAGAGAAAUAUCACUAUGUAUUUUCUAUUUUACAAAUUUAAUUAUUUAACCAAAGUAGUCAAAUGAAAAGUAAUCAGAUCAUGAACAAAGCUGUUUCCUGUGGUGUCUUAAGUUUUCUACCAGAUCACCAUUUACCUUGACAUCAAUUAGAAGAUCCAUCUUGAUUGACAUAUCUUAGAAAGAUAGAUGUGAAAAGAGCAUAGUUUCAGAACAGAAAAAUGGAGGAAGUAGGAGUUAACCUAGGCGGACUGUGAGCCAGGCUCAGAACUACAAUUCCCAGCAGGCGAUGGGGCAUCAGAAGGCAGCUGCUGGAGAGCGUGAUGCCGAAUUCCUGCGUCUGCGCGUGCGCACUGUGGUGAUGGACCGUUGGUAGGUAGUUCGUGGGCAGUUGGGGGCCCCCGGCAUCACUUUUCGUCGCCUUUCGUCGUACUCUGAAGUGGUAGUCUGAGAGAUAGGCAGAUCUUCAAUUAAUAGACACAUUCAAACCCCCUGAAUCCGUGGACACAAUGAACAGGAAGCACCUUCAGAAGAUUCCGGACCAAAGUAGCAACGUCACCACCAGCUUCAUGUGGGGAUGGGAUUCCGGCAAGACUUUUGAACUACUAUCAGGUAUGGGUGUCUCUGCCUUGGAGAAGGAGGAGGUGGACAGUGAGAACAUUCCACAUGAACUACUCUCAAACCUCGGCCACCCCCAGAACCCUCCAAGGAAAUGGCUAAAGAUCAAGGGCCGCGACAAAGACUUUGUGAUCUUCCGUAGGCCUAAGCUCAAUCAAGAGAACUUUCCAGGUGUUUCCUGGAACUUGCUUCCAGAUGAGCUGCUCCUUGGAAUCUUUUCCUGCCUGUGCCUCCCUGAGCUGCUGACAGUCUCUGGAGUCUGCAAGAGGUGGUACCGCCUCUCACUCGAUGAGUCCCUCUGGCAGUCCCUCGACCUCACAGGUAAAAAUCUGCACCCCGAUGUGACUGUCCGCUUGCUUUCUCAAGGAGUGAUCGCCUUCCGUUGCCCACGAUCGUUUAUGGAGCAACCAUUGAGUGAAAGUGUCAGCCCUUUUCGAGUACAGCACAUGGACCUGUCGAACUCAGUUAUAAAUGUGUCAAACCUCCAUGGGAUUCUGUCUGGGUGCUCCAAGCUGCAGAAUCUAAGCCUGGAAGGCUUACAGCUUUCGGAUCCCAUUGUCAACACUCUCACACAGAAUGAAAACCUGGUGCGACUAAACCUUUGUGGGUGUUCUGGAUUUUCUAGAUCCGCUGUGGCGACCCUGCUAAGCAGCUGUUGCAGACUGGUUGAACUGAAUCUCUCCUGGUGCUCUGAGUUCACUAAAAAGCAUGUGAAAGCGGCUGUGGAACAUUUAUCAGCAACCAUCACCCAGCUCAACCUCAGUGGCUACCAAAAGAACUUCCAGAAAACAGAUCUUUGUACCUUAAUUAAACGGUGCCCCAACCUUGUCCACCUCGACUUAAGUGACAGUAUCUUGCUAAAGAAUGACUGCUUUCCAGAAUUUUUUCACCUCAACUACCUCCAACACCUCUCACUCAGCCGGUGCUAUGAUAUAAUACCUGAAACUCUACUUGAACUUAGAGGAAUUCCCACACUAAAAACACUACAAGUUUUUGGAAUCGUGCCAGAUGGUACCCUUCGGCUGUUGAGAGAAUCCCUUCCUCACGUGCAGAUUAAUUGUGCCUAUUUCACCACCAUUGCGAGGCCAACUAUGGACAGCAAAAAGAACCCAGAGAUUUGGGGUAUCAAGUGCCGACUGACUCUGCAAAAGCCCAGUUGGAUAUAAAGUGCUUGCUGCAGGAUCAUGUCUCCUCUUCCUUUGGAAUGAGGAACACAGGCAGCAAAUCCAGUUGCUAGAGACCUUGGUUACCUUUCCUCUUGGAUUUACCUUAGCCUUCAUUGUGCGUGUAUGUUAGGGAAGCAUUUGCAAGGGAGAACUGUGAAAUGUUGCUUUUUCAAGAAUACAGAGAUGAUUCUGUCAGUGCUGUGCCCUCAGAGGUGAUGUGUUAGGUCUUUGGAAAUUUUAGGUGAACCUGUUAUUUCAAAAUAGCUUUUUUAAAGCAAAAUUUGCGCCAACUCUUCCAAGUGCCCUUCAAAUUAAGUCUAUUUAGAAUCACAUUUUAAAACUUACCCCGGCUAACAGUUUUCAUGGUGUUUGUCAUAACUUUUUGUAUAUGUAAUUAUUCAGUAUUUUAUAAAACUUGAUUUUGAAGAACAAUAAGCUGUGUGUGGUGAGCUAAAUGGAAAGACUCAUGGGCUGGUAGCAUUUGAGGCAAUCUCUUCUGGGAAUUAACACAUUUCAACUUUGUGUGCAAGUGGGAAGUUAGUUUAAUAGAAACAUAGUCCUGCAUAGUGUACCUUGAACUCUAAAUGAGAAACAGCGAGACACAACCAGAAGGACAGAAUAGAAUUUGAAGCCUCAAAAGGCCGUUUCCCAAAGUCAGGUUAAUAUGAAGUAGCCUUUCAUGUUUUUGGGUACUAUGCUAUGUUCCCAGAAUCCUAAAUUAGGUGAGGAAAUCUAAUUGUGUUUUUUUAACUUUAUAAUCAAUGUAUGUUAUGUGGGUUAUUUAGCUUUUAAAAAUACUUGCUUUGUUUCUAGAAUUAUGGUAUUAUUCUAAUCAGCAUUCUUGAGAAGUUGGAUAGAAUUCUGAGCUGAUCUUGUUUGCUGUUUCUUCCUUUAGCGGUGCAGUUAUUUUUAUAUUACUCUGCAAUCAAGGACUUGAAACUCUUAAGUGGUCUUUCACAACAGUAGCUUGAAACUGCCCAUUAGGUUACUGGAUCUAAAGUUCCUUAGA